AUGUCGCAGCCGAAGCUCCUCGCGGGGGGCGUCAAGAGGUGUUUCUCCAUCGAGGCUCUGGUCGGGAAGCAGCAGCAGCAGCAGCAGCAGCAGCAGCGGCCCGUCCGGAGCCGGAGCCGGAGCGCCUUCGACGAGCCCAUCCGGCCCACCGCGCUCCGCUUCGCGCCGCCCGCCGCAGCGACCCCGCUGACGCGGGACCCCGGCCUGCACUUGUUCGGCCGCCCCCAUCCCGGACUGAGCCUGCUGUACCCCCCCGCCUGGAUCCUGCACGACCACCGGCGAUACGUGCACGCGCACGCAGGUGACGACGGCGGCGCGGGGAAUCUUCUGCCGCACGGCGCUUUCUCCCGCAAACCCAAACGGAUCCGCACGGCAUUUUCUCCAUCGCAGCUUCUGCGUCUGGAGCGAGCUUUCGACCAAAACCGCUACGUCGUGGGAGCGGAGAGGAAACAGCUGGCGUCGGCGCUCCGCCUCACCGAGACGCAGGUGAAGGUGUGGUUCCAGAACCGCAGAACCAAACACAAACGGCAGAAGUUGGAGGAGGAAUCCCCCGAGGCGCAACACAAGCGCUCCAAAGCCAGCCAGCACGUGAGCAGAUGGCGAGCCGCCACGCAGCGGAACGCCGACGCCGAACACGUCGACGUCACCGGCGACGACUGAGCCCGCGCGGCGGCGGACGCUAACCGAUGGAAACGCCCGCCCUACGUGGACGCCGUUCGUCUUUGUUUGUCGACUUGGACCUAAAUGAGGGAGACGGAACGUUCUUGACUUUCAAAUGUGCCAAAAAAAACGACAACAAAACACACUCUUGAACACGAGUUAACGUUAGCUUCUAAGCAUCGCACGCAACACACACACACACACACAUAGUCACACACCGGCUCUCACACACACUCACCCUGUGGCACUUCCAUCAAUAUUGAAGCAAAAGCGUUCAGAAACAACCAAAACAAGGCUUGAUUGUGAUGACGACGAUGAAGAACAAGAACAAAUUCAUGUCCGAAAAAAACCGACCCAUCAGGAAGUUGUGCUGAUGUUUUUUUUGUUUAUUUUUUUGGUCUCGCGUCGGACUAGUGGUCAGCACGUGCGCCUCGGUUGCCCACCAACGACAACGGGCGACGUUUAAGAGCGUCGCAGUCGUUCUCGUGUUCUUCUUCUUGCACGUUGACCUCAUCCUCCUCUCACGUAGCUCUUCAUCUUCCUCUCUUCUUCCUCUUCAUGCGAUGAUGUUGUCGUGCACUAAUAGGAUUGA